AUGGCUCGCUUCACCGUAGACACGGGUGAUGCAUUAGCUGCGCAGUCGUACGAAGCGGUCACGUCGUCGCUGUUUACACGCACGCAAACCGACGCCGUCAAGGCGUUCCUGCCUGAAUUCGUCCAAGUCACACGGCUUGGGCGUGGCGGCAUUUUGUUUUCAGAUCUCGAAGUUAAACGUAACCGAGACACCUCGAUGGAACAGCACCCCGACAUCCAUACGGCGACUCAAUCAGCAUCCCCUUGUCGAGUUGACCUAGUAUCAAGUGCGUCGAAAAAGCCUAAAAACGACACGACCGUAAGUCAAUCGAACUCGAGUCGUGCGGCAGCGGAGAGGACACACCCGGACGUUGCGCACACUUCUUGUGCCUUUGCUUCGUCGCUCCAGCGCCCCAUCGCGGGCACGGAGGCGACGAAUAUGUCCACGCCUGAGCCUCAUGAGCACAUUGAUGUCUACGAGGACGACGGUGAGAUCGGCGAGAUGGAUAUCGACGACUCCAAGGGCACACAUUUAUUCAUGGAGGUGGACCAACCGUACCAGGUGGUCCAGCGUCGUGGCAAACGCAAGGAGCGGACACGCACGGCGCCGACAACCCUGGAGGACUUCGCGACACCGAACUUUUUUGACGUCCUCCGACGCAACUACGGAGGUUUUCGGGUUCUGCAGUGGAGCGAAAAGCAGGAUUUCAUCACAAUUAUCCCCACCUUUCAACGUCAAUUUUUGUCAGAGGAGGGCCGUAAGGAGUGCAUCACGACGUACCAUCAAGUUGGAAAUGUACUAUCCUUUGACGUUGAGACAAUGUCAAUUGAGCGCCUACACGAAAUUCUUGAGACGUCCAUUCAACAGCUGCACCACGAAGAGGUCGAGGAUGUAGGUCGCACCUUUAGCGAUGCAGCAGCGGACACCCUCAACGAUCUCACGGGGCAUAUUUCAAAGGGCCAGGGAGACAAAGUCUGGACCCAGCUACAAAAGAAACACUUCUCAGCAAACAUCGUAUUCCAUACCUUGGCGACAGAGGACUAA